AUGUUAGUGCGCUCAAAGACCCAGAUCCGCGGACCCGCACCCACGGACCCGCACCCACGGACCGCACCCGCGGACCCGCACCCGCGGACCCGCACCCGCGGACCCGCACCCGCGGACCCGCGCCCACGGACCCGCACCCACGGACCCGCACCCGUGGACCCGCACCCGCGGACCCGCGCCCACGGACCCGCACCCACGGACCGCACCCGCGGACCCACACCCACGGACCCGCACCCGCGGACCCGCACCCGCGGACCCGCACCCGCGGACCCGCACCCACGGACCCGCACCCACGGACCCGCACCCACGGACCCGCACCCACGGACCCGCACCCACGGACCCGCACCCACGGACCCGCACCCGCGGACCCGCACCCGCGGACCCGCACCCGUGGACCCGCACCCACGGACCCGCACCCCCGGGCCCGCACCCACGGACCCGCACCCGCGGACCCGCACCCGCGGACCCGCACCCGUGGACCCGCACCCACGGACCCGCACCCCGGGCCCGCACCCACGGACCCGCACCCGUGGACCCGCACCCACGGACCCGCACCCACGGACCCGCACCCGCGGGUCCGCACCCACGGACCCGCACCCGUGGACCCGCACCCACGGACCCGCACCCACGGACCCGCACCCGCGGGCCCGCACCCACGGACCCGCACCACGGACCGCACCCCCGGGCCCGCACCCACGGACCCGCACCCGUGGACCCGCACCCACGGACCCGCACCCACGGACCCGCACCCGCGGGCCCGCACCCACGGACCCGCACCCGUGGGCCCGCACCCGUGGGCCCGCACCCACGGACCCGCACCCACGGACCCGCACCCGCGGACCCGCACCCGCGGACCCGCACCCGUGGACCCGCACCCACGGACCCGCACCCCCGGGCCCGCACCCACGGACCCGCACCCGUGGACCCGCACACCACGGACCCGCACCCGUGGACCCGCACCCACGGACCCGCACCCACGGACCCGCACCCGUGGACCCGCACCCACGGACCCGCACCCACGGACCCGCACCGCGGACCCGCACCCACGGACCCGCACCCCCGGGCCCGCACCCACGGACCCGCACCCGUGGACCCGCACCCACGGACCCGCACCCACGGACCCGCACCCGCGGACCCGCACCCGCGGACUCGCACCCACGGACCCGCACCCACGGACCCGCACCCCUCUGA